AUGGCACAAAUAGAUCUACCAGAUUUUUUUUUCUUGCGUAGCUGUGCGGUGUGUGCACGACUUUGGCACUACAAGUUUUUAGUAAGGUUAUCGGCGAAUGAACAUAGUGGUUCAAUUUUCUGUCUUGUGGCAUGUGUCGUCAGCUUUGUAUUCUUCAAUGUGUUCUUGUUCCCAUUCUCUUUCUCUGCUAUUAUUUUGGUCGCUUAUGUUCUGCUUCUUCAUGCUGGGACCAUUAUGGGUGAAAUACUACGGUUUGAGGCUCUUGCGGGAUCUGGUCAGCCUCGUUGUAGUCUGAGACAUUGCCACAUUUCCGCUGGUUCUCCUCUACUUCAAUUCAACGGCUCUUGUAUUAUAAAUAUGUGCUUAUUCGUCGUCGUAGCCGGUCAAAGAGGCAUCGCGCUCUCUGGUUGGCAAUGGGUAAACAUGCGGAAUAGGUGUGUGGCUGGCGUAGAUGUACUUCUCUCUCAAUGGAGUGGCAAACAAAAACGCUGGAGCGGCCAAGCCCAUGACGAUGGAAAAGACAAAGUGUGGUUUGGUGUGAGCAUGGUAGCGGAACCACUGGACUUGUUAGUACGGUUUUCAGCGUCGCGGAGAGACUAUCAACAUACUCUAAUUGGCUGCUUGUAG